AGUCUCUCUAGUCGACCCUUUUCAUGAAAGAAACUCGCUUCUGCUCGGUUCACCUUCUGUUUAUUUAUUUCUCACGUCUAUGCUCUUAAUGUUUGUUUGUAAUCUUUGUAAUCUAUGAAUGACAGGUGACCGGAUUAUGAAAAUUUGACGUUUAUUCAAUGAUACACGAUGAGUGAAAAUUUGGAGAACAUUAAUCCGAAGCUCUACAAAAAAUUGGAUGAUCGAGAGAUCACAGUUGAAGAGCAAGACGAAGAUGUUGUGGAUGAAUUUGAUGCGCGAGAGAUUUUUGAUAUAAUUAGGAAUAUCAAUGAUCCAGAGCAUCCUUUGACUUUGGAGGAAUUAAACGUAGUGGAACAGAGUCUCAUUGAGGUCGAUGAUAAAAAGAACAGAGUAGAUAUAAAGUUCACGCCUACAAUUCCACAUUGCAGCAUGGCCACUCUAAUCGGAUUGUCCAUUCGCGUACAAUUAUUGCGUGCCUUACCUGCUAGGUUCAAGGUUAGCGUGGAAAUUUCUCCGGGUACUCAUUUCUCAGAGGCAGCAGUGAACAAACAGCUCGCGGACAAGGAAAGAGUGGCUGCAGCUUUAGAAAAUUCUAUGCUUCUUGGUGUGAUCAAUCAGUGUUUGGCACCGAAAAAUUAGUAACUUGUGGGAAUUCCAAAAUUCUUGAUGGUUAAAGCAACAGCCCGUGUAGUUUUGUUAUGUAUAUAUAUUAUAAAGUAGUUUUCAUAUCUUAGUUUGAAUAAUAAACGUAGAGAGUUUGCAGAAACUCUGAGAGUCGAUACAGUAAAACUGUUUUUAAUAAUAGAUUUUGAUUACAAAAUUUAACAUAUUAUUUAAUACAGAGAUAAAUCAAUGUACAGAAAAUUUAUUUGUUGUACAUUUAAUGCAUAUUUACUAAUAAACUUACUAUGUAUUAACGCUUA